UUCGAGUUCCAUGAAGGCAGCAAACACUUGAAGAGUACAGAUGUUUGACGAAGCACUUGCUUUAUUGCAUCUCGUGGAAUCAGCCAAAGAUAGAUAGAUGUAAGGGAAGCAGCAGAAGCUGGAGAAAGUAGCAAUGGCAGGUGGAUUAAUGCGUGUGCAUUUGGAUGGAGUAAAGAUGAGAACGUGUCGUGAAGCUCCAACAGCCAUGCACAAGUAUUCCAUAAGGUAAACGACAUGAUUUGAUCUUUAGAGAAACAAUUCCAGUAGAUUUAACCUCCUUCUGCACCAGCAACACACAAAGCUCUCCUCCGCCGUCUAUCAUCCGUUUCGGGAACACCGGAUCCCACCGCCUGUCCGAUGGCGACCGCCCAUGCCUUAUGGUCUCAUUGCGUCAUCCACCCAACGCACAUGUUGGAUCGACCGGAGAGCUUAUCCCCACCGUCCCCUCGUCAUCUUCACGAGCGAUGACAAGGAGCGCACACAGCUAACGGAAGGCGAAGGGGGCCGGGGCGGGGGCGAGGGCAGCGCCCGCCAUCACACGUCUCGGAGUAGACAUCCCCGGGUGGUGGGCAUGUCACCUCCUGUUCUUGUAUGAAAAGUGUGCACUCAGCGGCCAUGUACCCACGACGAGCUUGUCGUACUCAAGCAGCGGUUUUGGCGCCACCUGCGCGGUCGACGUCAGGUGCAGUAGCCUAGACCAAAUAGGCAACCAUCCUACGUGAAACAAAAGGAAAGAGGGAGGGCGGAGCACGUCAAUCGAAGACCAGGUCACAAGCUUCUGCUCUCCAUGUCGCCAACGGAAGGCAAGCUCAGCCACUUGAGCAUGAUGGAGGCGAGGCUGCCGCCGGGGUUCAGGUUCCACCCGCGGGACGAGGAGCUGGUGUGCGACUACCUCAUGAAGAAGGUCGCCGGCGACGACGGCGGCGGCUUGUAUGGCUGCCACAUGAUGAUCCACGUCGACCUCAACAAGUGCGAGCCAUGGCACCUUCCUGAGAUGGCAUGCGUGGGCGGCAGGGAGUGGUACUUCUUCAACCUCCGGGACCGGAAGUAUGCGACGGGGCAGCGGACCAACCGCGCAACCCGGUCGGGCUACUGGAAGGCGACGGGGAAAGAUCGGACUGUGAGCCGGAGAGGUGUGCUUGUUGGCAUGAGGAAGACUCUGGUCUUCUACCAAGGCAGAGCACCCAAGGGAAGAAAGACCAACUGGAUCAUGCACGAAUUCCGCAUGGCUGGAUCUGCUCCUCAUCCACAUAAAACUCCUCUCAUGGAAGAUAUGGUCCUAUGUAGAGUGUUUCAGAAGAGCAGAAGUGCCACUUCCGAGCCAACCAAGGCGCCGCCCGGCAAUGGCGAGGCGGCGGCCUCUUCCUCCCUCCCUCCUCCCAUGGAUAGCUUCGCCGCCUUCGAACAGCAACCCCCGGCGAGCUCGGAAGUCCACAAGCAAGUCUCCGCCUUCUCCGACCUCGCCCCACACUGCGGAGCAAACGAUGGAGCCAUCAAUCCUCGCUUCAUGGUGCAAAGAAGCCUCCAGAUCAAGAGCUCGGGUUCUUCUUUGUUGAGCUACUCCACCGAGUUGGAGGGCAAUCCAAAGAGGGAGGUGCCUCCAUCUCCAUGCAUGGCUCCAAGAAGCUCAGGCAGCUACUUCACCGAGAAUGGCUUGUCAUACGUUCGGAACCCUUUCGGAGCUUUCUACGCCACCAGUUAGAUGAUCUCUAUAUGCCCAUCCUACUUGUACGCAUCCAAAUCUAGCUUUAGAUGGUUUAUCAGCACCCUGCAGUGAUUCCUCAUGCAUAGGGAAGAAACCAACAAGCAUUGUGUUUGCCAUUUUCGUCUUAUAUAUUGCUGCAAUUCUCUACUUCAGCUAUAUAUAUGGUUAAUUAAUUAGUAUCAAUAUUAAUCAUUGUUUUGCUAUA